UGCUGACAGAUGACUGCGAUUUAGUUGGAAUGGCGACAGAUUGUCGGACCUCAGCAAUCCACCAACCAGUAGCCCCAUAGGUGGGAAUAUGUAGUCGGCUAUUUGCAAAGCUCAUCUGUUAACUUAGCUUUGUGAAUGUGCUGGAUUCAGUGAACGUUUUAAAUGGCAUCCAAGAGGCACUGCCGCCUCGCGCCGUGCUUUUUGGGUAUCCUGCUCAAUGCUUGCAUGGGUGUGUCAUGUGAUGCUGAGCUCUCCUUCACCCUGGAGCCAAGUGACAUCAUUGCAGUGCAGGAGCAGCCCCUCAUGCUCCAUUGCCAGGUGGAUGGUAUCCCCCCGAUCACAACACAAUGGAGGCACAACAGCAUGCUUUUAACUCAGGACCAGUAUCACACCACCUUCAUCAAUGGCUCCCUCCUCAUUGGCCACUUCCUUAAGACCAAAGCUGACAACUCAUCAGAUGAAGGCGACUAUGAGUGUGUGGCCCAGAAUUCUUUUGGACUGGUGGUCAGCCGUAAGGCACGCAUCCAAGCAGCUACCAUGGCCGACUUCCAUGUCCAACCAGAGCCAGUCCAUGCUGAAGAGUCUGGUGUGGCCAGAUUUCAAUGCCAAAUCCAUGGUUUGCCAGAGCCUGUUAUCAGCUGGGAAAAAGAUGGGGAUCCUGUGGACACCAAGGACAACAGGUACACGCUCCUGCCUACAGGUGUUUUGCAGAUUACAGGAGUGCGUGAGAAGGACAGUGGAAAGUUCUGCUGUGUGGCUCAUAAUAGUGCAGGAGUGAAACACAGUGCUGAGGCCCUCCUUUCUGUUUCAGGCUCUCAGUCAUCUGUUUACAAAGAACCUAUGAUCCUAGUUGGUCCCGAAAAUCUUACCCUCAUUGUUCACCAAACCGCCAUUUUGGAGUGUGUUGCUACAGGAUACCCCCGCCCAAUUGUGUCUUGGAGCAGACUAGAUGGACGGCCCAUUGGUGUGGAGGGAAUCCAAGUACUUGGCACUGGAAACUUGAUGAUUUCCAAUGUUGGUGUGCAGCACUCGGGAAUUUACGUGUGUGCUGCUAACAAACCAGGCACCCGUGUUCGUAGAACUGCUCAGGGACGUCUAGUUGUUCAAGCUCCUGCGGAGUUUAUUCAACCGCCGCAGUCUAUUGCUCGGCCCGUGGGGACCACGGCUAUGUUCACCUGCCAAGCCCAGGGUGAGCCUGAGCCCCAGCUCACUUGGCUGAAGAACGGCCAAAUCCUGGAGCCAGAUGGCCAUGUCAAACUCAGGAGCAACAACAGCACUCUAACGAUAUACAGCAUCAGCCAGGAAGAUGAGGCCAUCUACCAGUGCAUUGCUGAGAACAGCGCCGGCUCCACCCAGGCCAGCGCUCGCCUCACGGUGCUCUGGGCUGACGGACUCCCUGGUGCGCCCUCCAAAGUGCAGGCUAAGGCCCUAUCACCCACCACCAUACAGGUCUCCUGGAGGCAGCCCGACCAGAACACUCAAGACAUCAUUGGUUAUGUGCUUCACAUACGCAAGACCCCAGACCCAGUGGAAAUGGAGUAUGAGGAGGCAGUCAGUAAGGUGACACUGCAGCACAUUAUCCGAGAUCUCGAGCCUUCCACCAGUUACACCUUCUACGUCAAAGCCUACACAUCCCAUGGGGCCAGUAAACCAUCAGAUAGUGCCACAGAGAUGACUCAUGGGGAAGUUCCAGCACCCCCCUCCCUCUUCGCCAAAGUUGUGAACAGCAGCAUGGUGCAAGCAAUGUGGGAAGCUUCCACUAAGAUGGGUCAACACCAAGGCUUCCGACUAUAUUACAGAAGAGCCCACACUGCAGUGUUCACUGGUCCCAUUUUCUUACCUCGCAACGCUACCCAGUACAACAUCACUCAGCUGGACCCUUCACUGGUUUAUGAGAUAAAUCUACUGGCCUACAACCAACACGGAGACGGCAAUGCCACCAUGCGCUUUGUCUCACUUCGAGAGGCAUUGGAGAAAUCUGUUCUGGAUGCUUCCUGUGACUGUGUGCAAGAGGAACAGAGCAAAGCAUCCACCACAGGGAUCAUAAUUGGCAUUCACAUUGGAGUCACCUGCAUCAUCUUCUGCAUUUUCUUCCUCAUCUUCAGCUACCGUGGCAGAUUGAUGAUGUGUAAGGCAGUUCAGGCCACUCCCCAGGCAUCACACAGCACACCACUGGAAUCCUCUUCUUCCCAGGAGGGCUAUGGGAUAAACGCAGCCACCAGAAGAGAGAUGAAGAUCAAUUGCAGCGCAGGAGGAACCAAAGUGGUUGACAGCAAUGAGCUGGAGAGACUCUUCCUUCAAUCCAACAGACAAGACCCACUCAUGGCUGACAGAACUCUCUUGACCUACUCCCCAAAUAGCACGCAGCUGUCCACAAUACCAUUGGACGAAUUCACUGUCGAGCGGAACACAGAAACACGCUUCCAAGAGUCCUCAGCAACAUGAACGGCUCAACGGGGCCAAUGCUAAUCAAUGUAUGAAAAGUCUGCUCAGAUUCUCCCUGACUCAGGUUUUCCUUUUAGUAAGUGGGAUUUUGUGUAAAGAUUGUUAUUGGUAUGUUAAGAGGUUCUAGAGGGUCUAGAACUGGUUUUGGGGAAAGUCGUUUUUAGACAGGCUUACCAGAUAAGUGUUCUUUACUCUCACUGUCUGGUUGUUAGUUUAUUUUCUGGUGUUCCGCAGCACACAGAAGAGAAGCCCCAAAUUUCCUUGUUAUACAAAGAUGAUUUCAUUUUUAAGUUUUUCAAUAUAUAUUUACAUCCAUAUACUGUAUCUUUAUCAACUCUGUGUGAAAGUGGAUAUAAGUUACUGGUCUUAUGGCUACUGCUCUGUGGAUAUCAAAGAUGCCUGCUGCCUGCUCAAACAUACCAAUGAUUCCAUCAUGUUGCUCACAGAACAUCUAACAUUCUUCCAGGGACUCGUUCAGUACUGUCUCAGGACUCCACCCCCCCACCAACCCCCCACCCCCCCAAAGUUGUGAUUCUGGGCCCUCAUACAAGCUCUGGGCAUGUGUGAACCUUGUUUUGUUUUGUUUUGUUUUGUUUUGUUUUGUUUUGUUUUGUUUUGUUUUGUUUUGUUUUAACAAAAACCUACCUCAGCCAGAAUGAAUGUGUUGUGGGAAGCCUUUUGGGACAUUUAUCUUCCCCUGUGUUCACACUAACUGUACAUGCAGAUGAACAGAUGGGUCAGAAUUACAAGAUCAGGUGCCGCACUACCUCAGAUGUCAAGAAUCUUCUCUCCUCUUUGUGCUUGUCAAAGCAAAUGAAAAACGAGUAUCCAACAUAAAGCACUUCCGAAUGCUGAAGUUAAUUGUUCUACCUCAAACUAACAUUGUCAAUGUUGUCACUGUUGUAGUUGAUCUUUGUCUUUUUAUUGCAAAAUGAAAAUUGCUUACCUCCUCUGUUUGAAGAAUUCGGUGUCUAUAGAAAGAAAGACAUUCAGCACUACAUGCGAUAGUACUGUCACGUGCUAUGGAUUCAAUUGUAAUCUAUGCUGUUCCAUUUUUAAAGUUGUCAUUUUUAUUUGACAUUUUUUUAAAUCAUUGCAUUAGUAGAACAAAACACUCAUCAAUGAACAUCACAUUUUCCAGACAAUUUACUGCUAAAUGGGAUCUUUAACGGUCCAUUAGACAACUGGAAAAUGACGCAAAUUAGUGGUGUGACUGUGUGCGCGAGUAUCGAUGUGGAUGAUGCUUAUGUGCAAGUAUGAAUUUGUGUUAAUUAAAACACAAGCACAAAAUUGAUUAAACUGCCAAGAUAUUUUACACUUUUGCUAGCAUAGUUCAAUAUUUUUUUUUCUGUCAUUUAUCACUUGCUGAGAGUCGAAUUAGAAGGCCAAUGCCAUUUUUUAAAUUACAAGGUGAAGAGGAGUAGGGGCAUAGUUUCAAUGCAGUAGGACAUACUGUACUAGGACUUGCAUUGUUCUUAAAGUUAGCAAAUUUUCUGUCACUGCUUAGCCAAAUAAAUUGUGUUCUUUUCAUGAUACUACGUUGUCUGUCAAACCUAGUACAUGUCGACAUUCGUCCUUUUCCUAUAGUACUCCUCCUCACGAGGGUCUUGGGUGAACUGGAGCAUAUCCCAGCUCACCACGUUCAAGAGGCGGGGUACACCCAGGACCUGUACCCGGUCAAUCGCAGGAUAGCCCGUUGCAGAUAGACGAACAACCAUUCUCACUCACAUUCACAACUAUAGUCAAAGAUCCUAAUGUGGUACAGGACAAACUAGUCCAGAUCUGUACAUUUUAAGUUGCAGUGAAACAUCUUUCUAUUGGCUCAAAGGAGGGUAGUUCCGCUAGCAAUACAGUACAUUUUUUUCAUCCAUUUAACUCAGCAUUUAUCAGAAGCACUGUAUCCUUACAGUUUUUCUUUUUGAUGGCCGAAGUGAUUCGUUCAUUAGAGAAAUGUGUAAAAUGUAGGCUUUUAUUGACAAAAAAGUCACUUUUUUGUGUAGAGUUCACAAGAAAGAGAAAACAUUUCCCCAAAAUUCUGAAUUACUCAGUAUCAUGAGAUCUUUGGUCUCAGUAAGCUACUCCAACUCCUUGAAAAAAAUCACAUUGAAAUGAAUGCGUCGAUGACACAAGAGUUGCUGCUCAUGUUAGCCUACAUUUAAAUUCUUCUCAAAACUAUCAACGGUCCCCUUCUGUCUUCACUAAAAACUCGUAUCAGAGCCUCAGGAACACAGUCCUGGUGGAUGUCAAAGACCACAGACAGAAAAAAUUAAAUGAAGGAAGUCGGUCUUUGUGAGACAACAUGAAUCUCUCUACAGUUCUUGCUUGUGUGGCAUCACAGGGUCUCGCUCUGAUGUGCAUUGUGGUUACCUACCUCAGAAGUUUCUGUCCUUUUGUUCAGGUCUUAAGGAGUCAUGCAGAGUAAAAAACAUAACCACACAAAUGUACGGUGGAUACAUAUGUAAAUAUAUUCAAAUAGUCAGCAUUCACUGGAUGGUGAAUUAGUCAGGAUUGCACACAAGCAGUAUACAAACAGAAAAUGUUUAAUCCCUCUUUUGUGCACUAAUUACUGGGGGGGUGGGAACCUUCUUGUUCUUGCUUAGUUCCUAGUUGAUGUGAAUGUGUAACUUUAUCGGAUGAUAUUUUUUUUCACGUCACAAUUGUUAAAAUUAUUUUUGUCACUGGUGUAUGAAUUCACUGUUUACCUUUGAAUAAAGUAAACUGUCUGACGUAAAGUGGGUGGCACUUACAGUUCACAAUACACAGAAAUAAAAUAAACGAAACGUUUUUUUUUUUUUUUUGCUUGGAAUGAUUUAUCAAUAGUUUGACACCACCAUACUCCAUAUCCAUAGCCCAUACAUUUGAGAACGUUAUUUUAGCUACUUAAAUAUAUUUGCAAAGCAUCGAGAAUAUUAUACAGUAGUGUGCACAUUUUUAUGAUAUAUUUUGAGUGAUGUAAUAUCACUUAAUCCUCAUCAAUUAUUCUAUGCUUUGGGAAAUUUACAAACAUUGUCCAUAUAUCUGGGAACCCAACUCCAGUUUUGUAAAUAUUCUCAUUGUAUUCUCAUUGUAUUUUUCCCCUUUGAGAAGGAAUUAAUCAAAUUAAAUUCAAACAAUAUUAUACAACAUGAUUCAUUCUUUAUAUGGAGUGGCUUUUU